GGGCCGGAGUGGUCGCACAGUGCAACGGGAAACGCAAGGUUGAAGAACCCAGCCGGAGGGCUCUGUGCCCUCCCCGCAGGGGCUGCGCUCAGACUGGCGGCGGGCGGGGCGCUCGGGGCGGCGGCGGCGCCCUCGGGGCGGCUCCGGGCGGCGGCGGGCUGCAGUGCGUCGAGCGGCCGGCAGCGGGCAGCAGCGGGCGCAGGCGGUGGCAGUGGCGGUGGCGGUGGCGGUGGCGGUGGCGGUGGCAGCAGCGCUCGGCAGCGGGCGGGCGGCGCCGGCGGUGCCCCGGGCGCGCUCACACACGCGCUCACACACACACAUACACACGGCCUCGUACACACUCACUCACGCUCCGGCGCGCACACGCGGCGCGCAGGCCGGAGGGAGGAGGCUCGGCGAGGCUCGGCGGCAGCGUGCUCGGCGGGCGGGCGGCCCCCGCUCCCCGGCUCCGAGGCUCAGUGCAGCCCGCGCGGCCCCCGCCCUCGGACCCGCCCCCGGGGGUCGCCCGGCCCCAUGCCCUGCAGCGGCGGCGGAGUAGCGCGCGGCCGCGGGAGGCUCUGAGGAGCCCCGAGGGAGCCGGCGACAAGGGGACCAUGUACCGGGACCCGGACGCGGCCGGCCCAGGGGCACCCACCAGAGAUGUCCUGCUGGUCUCUGCCAUCAUCACCGUCAGCCUUAGCGUCACGGUCGUCCUCUGCGGCCUCUGCCACUGGUGUCAGCGCAAACUGGGCAAACGCUACAAGAAUUCCUUGGAGACGGUGGGCACGCCAGACUCGGGGCGUGGGCGCAGUGAGAAGAAAGCCAUCAACGAUCUAGACAGAGACUUUUGGAAUAACAAUGAGAGCACAGUGCAGCAGAAAUGGAGUUCCUACCCUCCCAAGGAGUUUAUUCUAAACAUUUCACCCUACGCCCCUUAUGGCGACCCACGACUGUCCCUCAAUGGCACCCUCCUGUCGGGCGCCAGAGUGGCCGCCGCAGCGGGGCUGGCGGUGGAGCGGGAAGGCCGGCUGGGGGAGAAGCCGGUGUCGGUGCUGCCACCCGGAGAGGACGCCUUGAGAAGCGGCGGGGCUGCCCCCAGCGAGCCGGGCAGCGGUGGCAAGGCGGGGAGAGGCCGCUGGCGGAUGGUGCAGAGCCACCUGGCCGCAGGGAAGCUCAACUUGUCCAAUUUCGAGGACUCCACCCUGUCCACCGCCACUACCCUUGAGUCUAUCCCCAGCUCCACGGGAGAGCCGAAAUGCCAGCGACCCCGCACCCUGAUGCGGCAGCAGAGCCUGCAGCAGCCGCUGAGCCAGCACCAGCGGGGCCGGCAGCCCAGCCAGCCCACCACCAGCCAGAGCCUGGGCCAGCUGCAGGCCCACACGGCCUCUGCGCCCGGCCCCAACCCCCGGGCCUACGGCCGGGGCCAGGCUCGGCAGGGCGCCUCGGCCGGCUCCAAGUACCGGGCGGCCGGGGGCCGCAGCCGCUCCAACCCGGGCAGCUGGGACCACGUGGUGGGGCAGAUUCGAAACCGAGGCUUGGACAUGAAAUCCUUCCUGGAGGGCCGGAUGGUGGUGCUAUCCUUGGUCUUAGGGCUUUCGGAACAGGAUGAUUUUGCCAAUAUCCCUGACCUGCAAAACCCAGGAACCCAGCAGAACCAGAACGCUCAGGGGGACAAGAGGUUGCCUCCAGGAGGGAAGGCGGUGACCACAGCCCCAGUCCCGGGCCAGACGCCGCACGAUGAGUCCGACCGCCGGACCGAGCCACGCUCCUCCGUCUCGGAUCUUGUCAACUCCCUCACCAGUGAGAUGCUCAUGCUCUCCCCAGGCUCGGAGGAGGACGAGGCCCAUGAGGGCUGCAGCCGAGAGAACCUGGGCCGGAUCCAGUUCAGCGUCGGCUACAACUUCCAGGAGUCCACGCUCACCGUGAAGAUCAUGAAGGCCCAGGAGCUGCCGGCCAAGGACUUCAGCGGCACCAGCGACCCCUUUGUCAAGAUCUACCUGCUGCCAGAUAAGAAGCACAAGCUGGAGACCAAGGUGAAGCGGAAGAACCUGAAUCCCCACUGGAAUGAGACCUUCCUCUUUGAAGGUUUCCCCUACGAGAAGGUGGUGCAGAGGGUCCUCUACCUCCAGGUCCUGGACUACGACCGCUUCAGCCGCAAUGACCCCAUUGGGGAGGUGUCCAUCCCCCUCAACAAGGUGGACCUGACCCAGAUGCAGACCUUUUGGAAGGAUCUGAAGCCAUGUAGCGAUGGGAGUGGGAGCCGAGGGGAGCUGCUCUUGUCUCUCUGUUACAACCCCUCUGCCAACUCCAUCAUCGUGAACAUCAUCAAAGCCCGGAACCUCAAAGCCAUGGACAUUGGGGGCACCUCAGACCCCUAUGUGAAGGUGUGGCUCAUGUACAAAGACAAGCGGGUGGAGAAGAAGAAGACAGUGACCAUGAAGAGGAACCUGAACCCCAUCUUCAACGAGUCCUUUGCCUUUGACAUCCCCACGGAGAAGCUGAGGGAAACGACCAUCAUCAUCACUGUCAUGGACAAGGACAAGCUCAGCCGCAACGACGUCAUCGGCAAGAUCUACCUGUCCUGGAAGAGCGGGCCUGGGGAAGUGAAACAUUGGAAGGACAUGAUUGCCCGGCCCCGGCAGCCGGUGGCCCAGUGGCACCAGCUGAAGGCCUGAGUGGGGCCAAGGGAGGCCCAGGGGGCCAAGGGCUCAGGUCCCCAUCAUGCCCUCCCCACUUUGUGCACAAGGCCCAGCCUGGCUCCUCUGCCAUGGUGAGGGAGGACCCUGAGGGCUAGACCAGGGAGGGGUCCCAGGAACCCAUUGGGCCCCAUUUCUUGGAAGCACCAACCCCAUCCCUCAACAGUCCAGCUCUGGGGGGAGGGGCUCUGGGAGCCAUUUUCCUGCUUUGUCCCUUUCCUUCCUGACUUGCUGAUACUAAAGAAGUGGAGGGAGAGUGUAAGGGCCAGACAGGCAGACGGGCAGACUCCUCCAGAGGCCCGCCAGGUGGGCACAGUCCCCCGUUUUCUUUAUGGCGGUGCCUGGAGUGGAGAGAUGCUGCCCCCCUCACAGUCCCCAUGUGGGCCCAGGAGAGGGGAGACCAAGGCGUUUGGCCUCGGCCUAGUCAGGAGAGGCCUGUCCCAGGACAGUUUCAGGUGCCGGCUGGGCCCUGAAUGCUGAGGAUAGUAUAUAGCCCGCUCCAAGGUCCUGGAGCCACAGCCCUGUGUACUUAUGUUGUGUCCACUGUGUGCGUGCGUGUGCGUGUGCAUAUGGGGAUGGGGUGCUCGUCCCCCUGGGGUCAGCAGUGCUGAGGAUUAUGCGGAGGGCACAGAGUUUCGUGAAUGAGGCAGGGCAGUAGGCUGAGAGCGGAGAGGCAGGUGAGGAGUGGGGCAGGAAAGAGGGGCAGAUGCCGGAGCUGGGCUGAGAACCAGGGGCCUCCUGUCCCCCACCUCCUCCCCGCCCCCGCCAUGCUCCCCUCUGCUCAGAGUUCUCCAGAAGCUGCUUGCCAGCGCCUUCAUCUCUUGAACAUCAUUUCACAACUGUUAGGCUCCUACUGAAUGCAUCACGUUCUAUCAGGACUCACCUCCUUUCCUUCUCAGGGGGUCCCAAGCCCCCACUAGCUCUCUUCCCUAACACCCUCAUCCAGAGACAGUCUCAGCCUCCCCAGAUCUCAUAAACCAGUCAAGCUGGCAACAUCCUCCAUGCCUUCCAGCCUCCUUCCCUCCUUAUCAUCGCCCCAUCCGCGCAGACCACCCCCCACUGCACUCACCACCCCUCCAUCCCCCAUGCUCACAGGCCUUCCCUCCAAUUCCCUGUCUGGGUCUCCAGUCCUCUCCAGGACAGUCUUCUCACCUUUCCCACCGCUUAUGGUCCCCCAGAGCAGCUCCUGCCCCUCUUGGUUCAGGCAGUUUAGAAAGCAGGGAAAAUUCCAAGAUUCUGUGGGUUUGAGGUUGCCCCACACAAAGAAGUUAUGGUUUCUCUGCCUCAUCUGCUGCAGAGACUCGAACUGUCUUCCCUUAGAGACAAGAUUUCAGUAUGAUCCCCAGGUGGGUCCUGGUAUUGAUACAGGACAGCUGGUGACAGCCUGGAAUCCAGUGGUCCGUGAGCUUGGGCCUGACAUUCCGACACACACCGCCAGGUGGCGCCAGGACACCACAGUCCGUGGCCGGGGUCUGGGACGGCGGUUCUACCCCCAGAUGGGCCGGGCACUUCAGGAAAGGAGACCGGACAGGGUCCUCUCUUAGAGAGCACGGCAAAAGUAUAAGCAUUUGAGAACCAUUUUCCUUCAGUAAGCUUCCCCUGAGCUGAGCAUUCUGCUCUAUGCAGGAGAUGGGUCACGUUUUUGCUCAUAUCAAAUUUUACAUUGAAUCUCACGCCCCCGCCCCCGCCCCGCCCCCAGGACCUGGAGGAAUACCAAAGCAGGUGAAUCAUUUUGUAGACUGAAGCGUGCUCACCUAAAGCAGUCACCCACAUCCCUUGUAAAUCCCAAUUUUUCCAUAUUGUAACUUGACUUAAAACGGGGGUCUGCCCCAACUGCCCCGUCCUUAUCGGGCGGUCCGGGGACCAGCCCCCAGCGGGGACAGGAGGGCAGCGACUCUGGAGCCUGCGUGGAAGCGAAGACAGUGCUGUCAGAAGCCUUGAGAGGCGGAGGGGAUCUGUCACUUCGGAUCCUGCGCCACUCCUCCCCGCGGGGCGACCCCCUCGCCGGGCCUGCUAGCUUGCUGUGGAGCCCCUGGGGAACUGAACCAAAGCGCACUGAGUGAGCGGGGCUACUGCGUCCCCUUUUCCGAGCCCCGCCCACGGAGCUCUUGGCCAUUAAUAUGCAGAGAGCACCUCUGGGCGGAGUCUGUUCCCAAUCUGACCCUACCCAGGCACCUUGGUGAACCAGCACCAAGAGGCGCAAGCCGGGACGCGGGGGACGGGCGACAAGCGGUGGGCCGAGGGCCGGGUGGCUAGCACCGAGGAGGUGGGUGGUAUGGGGUGAGGGCGAGGACGGUCUAGGACUACAGGAGAACAGGGAAUGGGGGAACUUAAGGGUGGGGGUAGGGCACCUGGAGCCCUGCCACCGUCUCAGGACUUCGGGCAAAUCACUCACACUCCCGGGACCUCAGUUUCCCUAUCUGUAAAUUGAUGGUAACAAUACUUCACCUACCUCAUCAGGGAGGUUGUGAGGCCACUUUCACCUAACCUGGGGGUGCUACCCCGAGCAAAGUAUUAUCCCACUGUAGCCUGAAAACACGCCCACCUGCCCCUGCCAUUGCACAGCCUCCAGGGAUUGCUGAGGCUGGCCUGGGCCCAUCUAUCUCUUCUCCACUGUGUCCCAGGUUCCUCCAUGAGCGUCACCUGCCAUCUUUGUGGGCGCCCUAGACUUAGUCCUUAUUUUGUUCUGGUAUCCUUUCUUGUGACCAUCUCUCCACGUAACUGCUGUACAAAUUCCACCUGCCCCAGGACCCCAAACCUGCCCCACCUGCCCUGGUGCCACUUGCCAGGGAAGGGACAAGGAAAACAGCCACAUAAAAAGCCAAGGGAGGCCCCCAGAGCCCCCAGUCCAGCUGGGGCCCUAAGAGUGGGGCUGGUGGCCGCUGUCUGUAUUGUGUUUGAGUUCUUGAGUACACUUGUUUUAUAAAAAAAGAAAACCCACUAUCACACACACAUACAAAAAAAAAAAAAAUGCAAUGAAGACAAAUGCAGAAAAGCUGAAGAAAAAAAAAGGGAAAAGAACCAUACAAAAUUUUUCCACCACGUGCACCCUCUAAGCCAGCAAGAUUUCCUCUUUGCAAAAUCAUAUUUUUGUGGGAAUGGGCCCUGCUUUUUGUGGCAAGGCCCGUUCUGAUUAAUAAAGGAUCGUGAAAAA